CGUCAAGCAUUUGGUCCGACACGGUCAGUGCCGUUUCGUCGUCGGCCUCGACGACGGCCCAUUCCGCGUUUCCCUGUGUCGCGGUCGCUCCACGUUUUCGCAUUUGAGGGAGGCUCUGAGCGAACGAGACCUCUUUUCUCUUCACGAAUCAGUUUUUGGAAGGAAUAUUCUGCGUCCAAAGAAUCAAUAUUCGGACGCCGACGCAGGAUUUUCGACACCCUAACGUGAGACAUAAAUGAAGAGGAGACGCAAAAACUGGUGAUUAUACGCGAAGCAUAUUGAGUUUCGAAUCGCGGAGUAGGCGAAUGGCUGCGAUUUCCCCGGAGGAAGAUGGGAGAUUCCCACGAGAGCGCAACGUAAGCGCGGGGGUAGGUAAGUGAAUGGGGAAGUCGGCGACGUGCGACGUUGUCGGGUGGAAAAACGCGAUCGUCUCGAAGCGACGUCGAUCACGGCUGAUCGAUCUCGGGGCUGCAGUACCGGCACCGACUCGUUCCUGACCGCGCGGUCAGGGAUCGCCGCGGGGAAUCAAAUUAGUAUCCUUCGAAGGACGAAGGAGGACUGCGGGUGGCGGGACGGGUAAGGCGACCGUAUUGGAUUUCCAGGAGGUGGACGGGACUCCGAUCGACCUCCUCCCGGGUGAUGCCAUCCUGAGGCGGCGACAUUCUCGCGGUCGUGCUCCACGUCACCAGCGUGCGACCGACCGGAAAAUAUGGCCGAUCUCGAAAGGAUUCGGCUGGUGGUGCUCGGCGGCGCCGGGGUCGGCAAGAGUUCCAUUAUACGCCGAUUACUCGGUCAGGGCUUCAGCGAGCGAUACCGGCCCACCGUGGAGGAUCUUUACUCGCGGGAAUGCGUUCUCGGCACUCUGACGCUUAAGGUCGACCUCCUGGACACUGCGGGUGACCUGCAGUUUCCCGCGAUGAGGCGGUUGAGCAUAGCCACCGCCCACGCAUUCCUGCUCGUAUACGCGACAUCGUCGUUACCGAGUUUCGAGUGCGUGAAACGUUGCUUCGAAGAAGUGAGAGAACAACGACCCGACUUCCAGGAAGUACCGAUAGUCGUCGCCGGGAACAAGCUCGACCUAGCACCGGCAAGAAGGGAAGUACCUAUCGAGGACGUGAGCGAGUGGCUGUUUUGCGAAUUGCCGAAAUUACGCGCUAAGGUGAUGGAGUGCUCGGCGAAGGACGACUACAACAUUAAGGACGUAUUCAGAUGUUUCGUCACGCUUUCCAGAAUCGUGCCGAAAAAUCCUACCGGCGAGGUCGAGCAAUCGGGGCUUAGGAGAAGAUGUUCGGCAUACGGAUCGCGCAGGUCCGGCAGCCCCAGCGGCAGAACCGGCAGCGCGGGUCCCGGCGGGAAUUCCCAGCAAGUGGUCGCGGCUCAGGGCUCUAGCGUCGUCAGCGUUACCGAGGAGGUGAAGAGCAAGCCGCGUAGUCGCAGCCUGAUCAGGCGCACCUCGAGAAAAACGAAGCAGCAGAUCAGGGACGCCCGCGCCGAUGACUGUAACAUCUCCUAAAUCCGCUGUCCCGAUCAGCGAAACGAGUUUCGUCACGCCGGUCCCGGAUUAAUGCGACGGGAACGCGACAACGAGCGAGAUCGAGAAGCUCUUUUGAACAAGCGCGUUAAGGUAAGGUAAGACUCGAGCUGGCGCGUUCGCGAUUCGCAAGGAAACGAGACGAGUAAUCGUUCCAUGGGGCUACACGGGUAGCGUUUUACUGCUUGCUCCGUCUUAAUCCACGGAAAUUCCGAGGAGGUGAGAGACAGGCGUGACAAGUAGAUAAAAUGGCUAGCGUCAGAGGGAGUUUAGCUCUCCAAGCUCGAACAGAUACAAACCGUCGACUUCGUAAGAUUUAUAUCAGAAAGCAUGUGUAUCGACAACGGGAGUAAUUAUCAUUAAAGCUUAAAACUUGAAAUUGAUUUUCCCCCGGCAAAUCUUUAAUACGAAAUGUCAAACAUCGUAUAAACAAAGUCUUCAACCUUUUCAUAUCAGAAUAACGUAAUUUUUUACAUGGAAAUUAAAAUGUGAUUAAAUGAUUCAUUCAAUUUUUGUUAAGAAAAAUACGCGAAUACAAAUUGUAACAGCAGAAAAAGCUAUCGAUAUGUAUCUUUCUUAGAAUAUCCACUGUAGAUAUACAUAUUAAUGGUGUGGACGUGAAAUUGAUGUUUAAUGACGGAUAUGUAAUUGUUUUCAACGAGUGAAUGAACUCUUAUAUUUGUCCAUGUAAAUAUUUCUGAUUUAAAGUAAAAAAAUUACAUUCUUAGGGUAUUAUAUAUGCAACAUUUUCUUGCGAUUAUUUUUACACGUUUUUCAAAACAUCCCAAAAAGUAUAAUAUAUAAGGAAAGCGAUAUAGGAUUUUACUGCAUUACGGAAAAGUUUAUUUAUCGAGAAUUUAAUGCAGUUCAUAUAUAAAAUCAAGAAAGCACGCAUAUCGCUUUUCCAAUAUAUACAUGUAUUUGCUCGUAAUUUCAAAAAGAAAUGUACGUGCAUUAAUUAAUCGCAUAUAAUCUGCGAAUUUAAAAGCGUUAUCUCUCUCGAAAAAUAACGAUAUUAAAAUACGAGUUUCGCUCAAAAGAUUCGCAAGAUUCGAAGAAUUUCUUGCGACGAGCAUCUAAAAAGUUCGCGGUAUCGAGAUAAAAAUAGAAACGAAAUAAAAAAGGUCAAUUUAAAAAUUAAAUGCUUUAAGAUGUCCUCUUUCGUUAUUCAAAACAAGGAAUCAAGAUAUACUCUUAAUUAUUUAUGUCAUUUUCGAACAACGAAUAAUUGGCGAAAAAGUAACCAUUGUUAUUAAAAAUAAUUAUCAACAAAAAUGUCUCACUUAGGCGUAAAAGAUUCGCAAGAAGAGGUACGCUGCGCUUAAAUGCUUUACGAUCAAUUAAAAAAAAUCCGAUAGCAAAGGUAUUAACAUUUCAACACGUUUGACAUUUUUUAUUUUGCAAUGCACACGAUGCAUAUCCUCGCGAAAAUAUUAGUUAUGUUCGUUUUAAAGGAAAUUCUUGUUGCAAGUAUUGCCGUCACGUAGAAAGAUAAAGAAAUUCGUUUGCAAAUUAUUAUAAGAUACGUAAUAGGCAAAAUAUAAAGUACCCUCUUCUUUGCUACCUCUCUGCUAUCCACUCCGUUAUCUGAUAUGCGCUUUUCUCUUUUAAAGCUUAUAAGAUGGCGAUAAGCUCCUGCAGUAAAUUGCGAAAUCUAUUUUAAUAUCUUGUCCGGGAAUAUAUCGAAGCUCAAGGAUUUCAUUUCUGAUUUCGUAUGUGCAACAACGUUUUGCUUAACGUGACUGUCAAAUUCUUAGAUUUCACGUAAAAUACUUUGAUAAGUAAUACUCAACUUGGAAUUACAUAUAUUUUAAAAUAAAAUCCAUGUGUGUGCGUGGAA